CGUGACGUGGGCGGCGGCCAGGACGCUGGCGUGAGGCGGUCGGAGUCCUGCAACCCCGGCUGCGGCUUUGCGCUCUUCCACUUCUUCGGCGUUCGCAGGUGAAAAGAUGGCGUUUGUGAAGAGUGGAUGGUUGCUGCGACAGAGUACUAUUUUGAAGCGCUGGAAGAAGAAUUGGUUUGACCUGUGGUCAGAUGGUCACUUGAUCUAUUAUGAUGACCAAACUCGGCAGAGUGUUGAGGAUAAGGUCCACAUGCCAGUGGACUGCAUUAAUAUCCGCAUGGGGCACGAGUGUCGGGAUGUUCAGCCUCCAGAUGGGAAGCCGAAAGACUGUAUGCUGCAGAUUGUUUGCCGAGAUGGGAAAACUAUCAGUCUUUGUGCAGAAAGCACAGAUGAUUGUUUGGCCUGGAAAUUUACACUUCAGGAUUCCAGGACAAAUACAGCUUACGUUGGCUCAGAAGUCAUGUAUGAUGAGACUGCCGUGGCUUCUUCCCCACCUCCUUACACAGCCUAUGCUGCGCCAACCCCUGAGCAGGCAUAUGGCUAUGGUCCAUACAGUGGUGCUUACCCGCCAGGGACUCAAGUUGUCUAUGCUGCGAAUGGGCAGGCUUAUGCUGUACCCUACCAGUACCCGUAUGCAGGACUUUAUGGACAGCAGCCUGCCAACCAAGUCAUCAUUCGUGAGCGCUAUCGAGACAACGACAGUGAUCUGGCGCUGGGCAUGCUGGCUGGAGCAGCCACAGGCAUGGCCUUAGGGUCCCUGUUCUGGGUCUUCUAGAGUCCUUAAAGUCUGGAUAUGCAUAGCUUCUGACACCCUGUGUGCAAUAAUAUAAUUUGCAGGGCAUUUCUGUUUGUGAUAAAUGUUUUUAAUAAUAGUUCUUUUCAAAGUAGUGACAUCAUAGUUAUAACUAAUCCGUAGAAGUACCACAGAGAAGGCGUUGGACUGCUGUUUAGCUAAAACAUGGACUCCUGGGGACACUGGCUCAUUUCAAAUUUCCUUAUGGAACUCUCGGAAUCCUUUAUUUGAACAUACCAAUUAGGAAAGGCAUUUUCUUUUUAGAGGUAGAUGUAGUGCUUAAGGGAUAAUUUAUGUUUGUGUUAGGCUCGUUAGUAAUAUGGUGAUCUAUGAGUGAGUGAGUGAGCGUGGCAAGAGAAUCUGCAGCUUCUUUCAGUUGAACAUCAAACCUUGAAACCUCAGACAGAACUGGCUGCUUGUUACUUCAGGAGUCUAGGCUGCUGAGCUGCCAGGGGACUUCCCCGAGGCAGGGAUGUGAUGUCCCCACAACGUGUGGGACCUGCAGGCCUCCAGCAAGGUGACUGCUCAGGAUGAUGGGGGCAAUUCCCUCUUUACAUUGAUGCUUCUUUUAUUAUUACUUGUUUGUGUUUGGUAGCAAUCUUUGGAAAAUACUCCAAAUUAGAAAUUGACUUGAGCCUCAAAGUUUUAGGGCUUUAUCCCUUAAAACUUGAAGAAGGCAAAACAAUUACAAACAAGUAUGUAGAGGUAGAUUUGCUUUAUUCAGAAGCAUUAUGUUUUUACUGUCUGCUUUGAGUAUUUUUAUUGCUGCCUCAGCCUGCUUAGAACUUAUUUUUCUACUUGUUGAGGAAGUAAUAUUAAAAGAAUGAUGGGGAAGAUGGAACGAGAGCUGUAGUUACAGUGUUACUGGUUCAGGCCUUGCCGGGAUUGCACUGCACAGAGGAUGCACCUUUUCUGCUGUUGAAGAGCAGUUUCCUGUCCUGUGCAGGACUGGGGCACUGUGGCUGUCCCCUGAGCCCUGGGGUGUGUGUGGAGCCCCGGUGGUGGCGUGGUGCAUGCCUGUGGGAGACACUCAGGUUAUAGAAGGGAAAUGAGGCCUAAGGACGUGAAUGACCUCAAGAUAUCACUCACCGGACCAGGGCACCAGGUGUGUUUUUAUUUCUGACUCAGAUGUCAUAGAGAAGCCUAAACCAUUUAAUUUUGAGCCCCAACUAUGUGUGAAGCUUGGGAAAACCCACAGUACUGCAUUUCUGUUAUUUCUUUAUAUGAAUUUUUAAAGCUCUUGAUUAUUCCAGUUUUCUGUCCUGCAUGCUUUAGAAAAUGUACUUUUAUGAAGGCAAAUUAGCACAGUGAAGGUCCUGCCCCUCCGCUCCAUGUGACCCUAUUUUCCAUAAAAUACACUCCUGGUAGCACAAAUGCUGUUUUUUACUCUGUGUGUCCAGUUAAAUACAUACAUCCUCUUUUGUUUUACUGGUCAACGACUCCAUCUCUGAGGCAGACUUAAAUAGAUCUCCAUGUGAGGCCAGAUGCCAAAUGAACUUUGUGGUGACUGCAGGUCUGUUUUCCCAGCCAAUUCUAGUGAACUUGUUGACACUGGAGAGUGUGUUUCCAGCAGAAAGGAAGUGUAAUUGUCAUCUCUUUGGAUAUUGACAUGGUGGAAAAUUGCCAGAUGUGAUGUACGGUAACACUGGUUUUGAUGGUUAAAAAUGUUACUUUUGUGAUUUUACAUACUAUGUAAUAAGAAUGGCUUUGUUCAGAUGGUAAUCAUUAUUAAAGCUGUAUGCUUUACUUACAAAAUAUUAAACUGAGUUUUUAAUGUUGCAUUGGGGUAUUAAUUUUGAACUUGGGAGUUACUGGAAUCACAGACUAUUGAGUUAUGUCACUGAAAUGCCCUUGAAGCAAACAGUCUCCCGGUUUUCCCCUGGCUGCCCUCUGACUGAAGGGGGAGAGCUGUGGACUGAAGCUUGGGCACACAUGUGUGUGCCUCUGUCUUCAAGUCCCUGUCCCUGGUAGGGCCAGCCCCAUUGAGCAACCAUACUUGAGACUGGAAGUUCACUGUCAACUAGUGACUAGAUCCUGACGUGAAAUGCAUACCGGGUGUAAAGGUGGGCUGAGAUUUCAUUUCCCUGGCCCACCUCCCGUAGAUGCCAACCUUUUGAUUGCCUCACUUAGGUAAUCCUAAAUCAAGAAGUUCGGUGAGUUGGAAGGAACUUGUUGGGUUUGAGUAAGCAUUUUACUUCCAUGUGCACUUUUAAAUAAUGUACUUGGAAGAAGUUGGCCAUUGACAUUGUACACAUGCCAGUCUGAUUGUUUUUUAGCUCUGUUCUUUUAAUUCCUGGAAUUAAUUUUAGGGUCUUAGGUAGUAAAGAGGAGGGAGAGACCAGAGGCUGUGUUUUCAGAUCACCAUCUAUGAAACAGGCCAGACCAGGACUCAAGAUCUGAUCAUACAUCAGAAGGAGAAGUUCCUGUAGUUGAGACAGAAUGACCUAAGUUUGUUUUCUACAUCAAUUGUGAUCCUAUGUAAUCUUUCUUUCCCCUUCCCAGUUUAUGUAGACACAGGCAUGGAAUUGCAGUUCCGUUUUUUCCCUCUAGAGUUGAUCUUUUUUCUGAUUGCUUCCUUGUCUCUUGUAUUCCGUGUGUUCACAGAACCUAUUUUUCCCUGUAUAUGAAAAUUGUAUGUUUAUAAGUGAAAAUGUUAAUUCAGUAAAUGAUUGUUAACCUUAAA